CCGGACAGGCCCUAAACGCUCUCGCGCCAUGACGACGAACAACAAGGUGGAUCGAGUUGUUGGCAUCGAUCUGGAUGGCGUCCUCUUGCACCUCUUCCCGACGCCGCACGGGAAUAUGUUUGCAAUGAGCGAAAUAGCUGUGUCGCUGUUCAAGGAGAACCCAGGAGCAUUUGGCAAGGAGCUGAGAUCAGGCAGGUACAGCAGAGUCCAGACGAAGGAGAAGGGGCUCAUCAGGCUGCUGGAUGAACACGAAAUCCCCCCCGAAUCAGCCACAAUCAAAGGAGCAACCCUCCUGUCGCCGCAGACGCUGGAAGAGAUCCUCCACAACCGGAGACGAGGCCAACUGUUUGGAACUUAGGAAGAUCUGGUUGCAACGCUGCAAGUGAACCUGCUGAGGAUGAUAACCGAGGAAGCUGUCCAGCUUAUCGGCGAGCUGCAGUACGAGGAAGCACUGCCGCUUGCAAUGGACGCUGUCCAGAUCGGGCAGAAGCUCUUUUAUCCGCGCCACACUCCUCAGCUCGUCCCUCUCUACCUCAUGGUCAUCCAGGCCAAUCUGGGUCUUGAGCGGGUGAUGCAGAGCGAGGACCUGCUGGGGCUGGCUGCAUGGCUACUCCUCCAGGACACAUCCGGAGCGCGUCACAACGCCAUGCGAGCAGAGCUAGGGCGGCUCUACGGGCAGCUGCAUGUUAUCAAGGGGAAUGUGGACGAAGCCCUCAAAGCAUACUCCGAGGAGAUUUACUACAACUCUCUUGAGUAUGGCGUCUAUGACACCCACACCAGCGUUAGUUUCUUCCACCUCGGCCAAGUCCAUCGCUCCCUGGGGCGAACGCGCGACCAUAUGGCCUGUUGCGAUCUCGUCAUCGAGUCGUGGCUUCCCAAGCUCAAAGAGUUAGUGUUUGAUCCUUCCCAUGUCCACGGGUGUGGCCUCAAGCCCGACACUGACCGUGUCCACGUCGAGUGCACGUCUCCACUGGCUCAUGUCCAUUCGCACGAGAUGACCAAGCUCCUCCAGGAGAUAAGCCAGCAGCGAGCAGAGUCAUACGGGCCACACCACGUCCGGGUUGGCGAGGCGUUCAUGGCGCAGGGCCUCCUUCACCUGUACAACCACCGGAGCAGCCUGGCGAUGGCGGCGCUAGAGCACGCGAGCUCGGUGGUGAGAGACAAGGACCAAGCGCUCUUCCAGCUGUGCCUCGAGGCAAUCCGGAUGCUCCAAACUUAAAAUGCCAUGACACACUUAAAAAUA